UUUUUAUUUUAGACUUUUGGAGCUUGGAUUGAGGGAGGGAGGAAGGCUGGAAAAUCCAAGGGGUGGAAAGUGAGGAGCAAAUGGCCUCGUCAAGUGUUUGUUUUCCAAGAGAGAGAAAGAAAAGAAAAUAACAGCAGCGAUGGGUUUGGAAUCGGCACCAUCCCAGCGGCAGCUCUGGAUUUGGGAUGAGAAAUACAAAACCCUGCCGGGAAAAUAAAAAAAAAAAUACGAAUUUAUUUUCUAAAUUCAACCUGUGCUACCAGAGAGAGGUGGGGAGAGAGACACCCCGAGCAGGGGAAGCGCGAUCUUGAAUUCUUGUCCCUGCUCCGAUCCGCUGGAAAUCUCUGCCCUGAAUUCCAGAGGCGCUGAGAGUUCCUGCGUAAACAAAAAAAAGGGACCCAAGCGUGCCAGGACGGCGUUACCUGGAUUAAAACCACGGAUAUUCGCUGCUGGCGCCUCAAAACCAAACCCUGGCGGUAAACUUGGGAUUUCUGCUGGUGGAAGGAUUUUUGGGGGCGUGAGGAGCCGGUUUAAACGGAAAUAGAGAGAGUUGAGCGUUCGUGGCCAGCAGUUGUGCGCUCUGUGCUGUGAUAUUUGUGACAAUUCGGCUUUUCUCCGGGGCCGGGUGUGUAAACGCGUGUGCGCUUCGCUCCCGCGGGGAUUUCCGCGGGGGGAUAAACGCGCCGUAAAUAAAACGCAGGGAGCCAAACCGAGGUGGAGGGGUGAAAAAACCUCAUCCCAGCCACCCCCAAACUCCUCCAAAUCAUCCAAAUCAUCCAAACCAUCCCCUGCCCCGUUGGAGGAGCCUCGGGAGGGUGAAAUCUGCCGGCGGCAUCUGUUCCCCCCGUUCCGCGGGACCCCUAUUCAUGUCACGGGCCUUUCAGGCCCCAAGAUGGAUUCCUGGGCCGGGCACUAUUAUUGUGUGUUUUCUCCUAACCUUUCAGGUCAGCUCCCACCAGACAGCUGGAGAGGGGCCGUCACGUGGCCUCGGGGUGCCAAUGUUCUGCCAGAGGGGUGUCAAGACCCUGGUAGCCAAAAAAACCCUCGCGGAAGAUGCAGAAGGCCUCGUACUACGACAGCUCCACGCUCUUCGGGGGUUACUCCUACGGCGGCGGCGCCAAUGGAUUCGGCUACGAGGGUGCCCAGCAGCCUUUCCAAGCCGCUUCCCACAUGGAGAACGACUUCCAGAGGUCCGCCUGCUCCCUGCAGUCUCUCGGCAACGCCGCCCCGCACGGCAAAAAUAAAGAGCUCAACGGGAGCUGCAUGCGGCCCGGUUUGGCCCCGGAGCCGCCGGGCUCGCCCAACGCCAACAACGGCGGCGGCAACGGCCAGGCGGGCGGCGGGAAAAGCGCCGCCGGGAAAGCCAAUCUCGGAGCCGGCAUCUCCAAGCAGAUCUUCCCCUGGAUGAAGGAGUCGAGGCAGAAUUCCAAGCAGAAGAACGGCUCGCCCAGCGCAGAAACCUGCAGCGGCGGCGAGAAAAGCCCCCCGGGCUCUUCGGCCUCCAAGAGGGCGCGCACGGCCUACACCAGCGCUCAGCUGGUGGAGCUGGAGAAGGAAUUCCACUUCAACCGCUACCUGUGCCGGCCGCGGCGCGUGGAGAUGGCCAACCUGCUGAACCUCAGCGAGCGCCAGAUCAAGAUCUGGUUCCAGAACCGGAGGAUGAAGUACAAAAAGGAUCAGAAAUCCAAAGGCGUGGGCUCUUCCUCCGGAGGGCCUUCCCCGGCGGGCAGCCCCCCGCAGCCCAUGCAGGCCUCGGCGGGGUUCCUCAACGCCUUGCACCCCAUGAGCGGCGCCUACGAGGCGCCGUCGCCGCCUUCCUUCAGCAAACCCCACCAAAACGCCUACGCCGUGGCCGCCCCCGGCUACCAAGCGCCCCUCAAGGCUUGCCCCGGCCAGCAGAAAUACGCCGGGGCCGCCGGCGCGGCCGAGUACGAGCCGCACGUCCUGCAGGCCAACGGGGUGGCCUACGGCGCCGCCGGCGUGCAGGGCAGCCCCGCGUAUGGCGCCGGGAACUUUGUGGAUUCUCUGCCCGCCUCCGGCCCGUCCCUUUACGGCCUCAACCACCUGCAGCACCACCAGGCCGCCGGCGUGGACUACGGCGGGGCGCCGCCGGGCCAGCCCCACGGACCGUGCGAGAGCCACGCCGCCUACGCGGAGCUCUCCUCGCACCACGCGACUUCUCAGGGCAGAAUCCAAGAGGCGCCCAAGCUCACCCACCUGUGAGAGGGGGAGGCCAAGGGGAUGGGGGAAGCCAAGGAGAAGUUUGGGUUUCAGGGAUGUCGGCGUUGGGUUUCUCUCCGGCUUCGCCGAGGAGGUUUUGGGGUUGUCGCGCUCGGGGUUUUGGGGUUGGCGAAGCACAAAAUGCGAGAGUUCGCGGUGGUUUCGGAAGGGAGAAACCUCCUGGGUUUUGACGCGAAUUUCUUCGGGAAUGGGCUCGGGGUGGUUUUGUGGGAAUCCCAUGGGGUGUCCAAGCCACGUCGGGAUGGUCACCGAUCGUUCCCGGAUCCUGGGAAGGAGAAGAAGCCGAAUUUCGGGGUCUCUGCAUCCACAAAACCCCAAAGGGAUCCACUGGGAAGCUCCCAACUCCUCCGAGUCCUUCUCCAGAUCCAACUGUGCUUUCCUUCCCAGCCUUCAGAGGAGGGCUCGUCCUUUCCCACUGGAGAAAGGAUAAAUCCACUUUCCCCACCGGAAAUGGGAUAAAUCCACUUUCCCCACCGGAAAAGGAUAAAUCCAAUUCCCCACUGGAAAAGGGAUAAAUCCACUUUCCCCACCGGAAAAGGGAUAAAUCCAAUUCCCCACCGGAAAAGGAUAAAUCCANUUUCCCCACCGGAAAAGGAUAAAUCCAAUUCCCCACUGGAAAAGGGAUAAAUCCACUUUCCCCACUGGAAAAAGGAUAAAUCCAGUUCCUCACUGGAAAAGGAUAAAUCCACUUUCCCCACUGGAAAUGGGAUAAAUCCAAUUCCCCACUGGAAAAGGGAUAAAUCCACCUUCCCCACCAGAAAAGGUAUAAAUCCAAUUUCCCCACUGGAAAAGGAUAAAUCCAAUUCCCCACCGGAAAAGGGAUAAAUCCACUUUCCCCACCGGAAAGGGAUAAAUCCAAUUCCCCACUGGAAAAGGGAUAAAUCGACUUUCCCCACCGGAAAGGGAUAAAUCCAAUUCCCCACCGGGUCCCUUCCCACCGAUCCCCCCCAAAACUCCGAAUCUCCACACCUGCCGAGGCUGGGGAGCCACGCUCGUCCCUCCAGGCCCUGCUCCCCCUCUCCAAAACAACAACAAGGCAAAAUAAAAAAAGCAAAAAAACAAAAAAAAACGGGAUGGAAAAGGUCUGAGCACCACAACGGGACGAGGAAAAUUCCGGGGGAACGCCUAAAUCCCCCCUUUUUUCCCCCCAACCAGGAAUUCCAAAGAGAGGAAGAAAGAAUUGACAGGUCUGAAUAUUUCCCUUCCUUGGUCUAGGAUCAAUUUCUCCAAUUUGGGGGAAGGGUUUUUAUUUUUUGGGUUUUUUGGGGGGGGAUUUUUUUUUUUUUUUUAGGGUUUUAGCAGGAAAAAUAAAAACCCCAAAUUGGAGAAAUCCUGAAUUUCUUUCCUCCUCUCCUUUUACGUGAAAACAGGGUAUAUUUGAACAGAGGGAAUGUCCUCCCACGGAAGCAGAAGCCAGGAGAUCCCUGGGAUUUGUUGAUGCUUUCCUGCCUGGACAUCUUUGUUGCACUUAGAGUUUACAUAUAAUGGGUAUUAAAUAAUAAUAAUAAUAAUAAUAAUAAUAAU